CCUAAGACUUUCUUUCCAAACAAGCAACUACUCAUAGUCUGACCGAAAUACCCUUUGGUGCACUCACCAUUCCAACUUGUAAGCACCGACUUCAAAUUUUAAUCGGUUUCACAUUCAAAGCUCCACAUUCAAAUUGAAUGAAACGCAGAACUUAGAAGGAAACUAAAGAGCAAAGCAAAAAAGCCCAAUAAAAAUGGCAAUCAAAGGUAGCACAGCAACAAAAACGGCAAAAUCUCUGUUUCUCACAUUCACUGUCCUUCUUUCCCUUUCUUUCUUCAUCUUCUUUUUCUUCUUCACUUCUCCUGUUACUGAACCCACAAAUUCCCUUCCCCAAACCUCCUUCCUUUCCUCCCAAAACUCCAUCAAGGUCUACGUAGCCAACCUUCCCAGAUCCCUCAACUAUGGCUUACUCCAACAGUACUGGGAUUCUAAUCACCCUGAUUCUCGGAUCCCUUCCGAUCCUGACCAUCAGAUCUCAACUACCCAUUUCUCCAAACCCACCAGAUACCCUCCUUAUCCCGAGAAUCCAUUGAUCAAGCAAUACAGUGCGGAGUACUGGAUCAUGGGUGACUUGGAAACCCCUCAAGGAAUAAGGACGGCUUCUUUUGCUAAAAGGGUUUUUGAUGUUAACGAGGCUGAUGUUGUUUUUGUUCCCUUUUUUGCUACCCUGAGUGCUGAGAUGGAGUUGGGAUCUGGAAGCGGCGCGUUUAAGAAGAAAGCUGGGAAUGGGGAUUACUUGAGGCAAAAGAAAGUGCUGGAUUUUGUGAGGAAUACUGAUGCUUGGAAACGAUCGGGUGGACGAGACCAUGUUUUUGUUCUCACUGACCCUGUUGCAAUGUGGCAUUUCAGAGAGGAGAUAGCCCCGGCUGUUCUACUAGUUGUGGAUUUUGGUGGGUGGUAUAGGCUUGAUACAAAAUCAUCCGGUGGAAUCUCAUCAGACACGAUACGUCACACCCAAGUUUCAUUGCUUAAAGAUGUGAUUGUUCCAUAUACCCAUCUGCUUCCUAGGUUGCAGCUGUCGGAAAACCAGAAACGACACACCCUCCUUUAUUUUAAGGGAGCUAAACAUAGGCACCGGGGUGGCUUGGUUCGAGAAAAAUUAUGGGACUUGUUGGUUAAUGAACCAGGAGUCAUCAUGGAAGAAGGGUUCCCAAAUGCCACUGGAAGAGAGCAGUCAAUUAAGGGGAUGAGAUCAUCUGAGUUCUGCUUGCACCCAGCCGGUGAUACUCCCACUUCAUGCCGACUUUUCGAUGCAAUCCAAAGCCUUUGUAUACCCGUGAUUGUCAGUGACAAUGUUGAGCUUCCCUUUGAAGGGAUGGUGGAUUACUCUACAUUCUCAGUUUUCGUAGCAGUGAGUGAUGCAUUGAGACCGAAUUGGCUUGUUUCUCAUCUUAGAAGCAUUUCUGAAAAACUUAAGAAUGAAUUCCGUCAAACCAUGGCUAAGGUUCAGCCUGUGUUUGUGUAUGAUAAUGGCCAUCCUGAUGGUAUUGGACCAAUCCCUCCCGAUGGUGCCGUAAACCACAUUUGGAGAAAGGUUCAUCAAAAAUUACCAGCGAUUAAGGAAGCCAUUGUUCGAGGGAAAAGAAAACCGGCGAAUACAUCAAUUCCUUUACGUUGCCAUUGCACCUAAAUGUAAGAUUAAGACUCUUUUCAUGUUUUUACGUUUACUUGAUUCAUUUUUUGUUCAGCUUACAUGCACUUGAUUCUUUUAUCAGCUUGCAUAAAUGAUAAAUGCAAUGUAGUUUUAGUUUUUGUCGUUAGUUGUCAUUAAGAGUAUGCAUGUAAUGUAGUUAUUGACACAAUGAAAAGUUAAAAGCUACACGGUUCCAAUGAAAUUAUUUUCUAAGA